AUGAACACUCCACAGCCCACGUCAACUCUCUUCCGCAUGGGUCGCAUUGACGCGGCCCUGGAUGAGCAGCGCAUGCUCCUCAUCAGCGCGCACAGUCCAAUGCUGUGUUAUGGAAGACUGAAACACCUCCUCUUUCCUCUUCUCCUUCUCUUGCGGGCUCCCCUGUUGUUCAGCUUUGGUGAACGCACCUGUCCCAAUAGCUGCCGAUGUGAGGGGAAAACAGUCCAUUGUGAUUCAGCUGGCUUCUUAGAUGUCCCAGAAAACAUCUCAGUAGGCUGCCAAGGCCUCUCCCUGCGCUACAAUGAUCUGCACACACUGCUGCCAUAUCAAUUUGCUCACCUCAGCCAGCUUCUCUGGAUAUACUUGGACCAUAAUCAGAUUUCAGCUGUUGACAGUCGAGCAUUCCAGGGGGUCCGCAGGCUUAAAGAGCUGAUACUGAGCUCCAACAGAAUCACAUCCCUGCACAAUUCAACAUUCCAUGGAAUUCCCAAUCUUCGCAGUUUGGACUUGUCCUACAACAAAUUGGAAAUCCUACAGCCAGGUCAAUUCCAUGGCUUACGAAAAUUGCAAAACCUACACCUACGCUCGAAUGGUCUCUCCAACAUCCCAAUUCGAGCAUUCCUGGAGUGCCGAAGUUUGGAGUUUCUGGAUUUGGGCUACAAUCGAAUCAAGGCUCUUACCCGCACCACCUUUUUGGGGCUGCAGAAGCUGAUGGAGUUGCAUCUGGAGCACAACCAGUUCUCACGGAUCAACUUUUUUCUGUUUCCACGAUUAGCCAACCUAAGAUCACUCUAUCUGCAGUGGAACCGCAUUAGGGUGGUCAACCAGGGCCUUCCAUGGACUUGGUAUACAUUGCAAAAACUUGAUCUGUCUGGAAAUGAAAUCCAGACCCUGGACCCAGCUGUGUUUCACUGCUUGCCCAACCUUCAAGUCCUCAACCUGGAAUCCAACAAACUGUCCAAUGUGUCUCAGGAGGCGGUGUCAGCAUGGAUCUCACUGACCUCCAUAAGCCUUGCAGGAAACAUGUGGGAUUGUGGAACUGGCAUAUGCCCACUUGUGGCCUGGUUGAGGAAUUUUCGGGGUAGUAAAGACACCACUAUGAUAUGCAGCAGCCCAAAGUAUCUCCAGGGAGAAAAAAUUAUGGAAGCCACAAGGAACCAUGGUAUUUGUGAGGAAACUGAUUACGUUCUGACUGAAACACCUUCACCAAUGUCAGAGCUCAUUUCUGAAGCCACCGGUGAACCAACUUUUGCCCCUACUAGUGGCUCUCCACCUAUGCCACCAGCCAGCACCUUUGGUCCUGUCCCACCAUUCAGACCUCGACCAAUUCCUCAUCCUACCUUUCCAGGGCAAAUGAGCAAAGACCCAAGAGACUCAGUUGCUCGCACUCGACCCACUCCUAUUCCACCACCAGAGAUUGAGCACAUGACUCUGCACAAAGUGGUGGUGGGCAGCGUGGCACUCUUCUUCACCAUGUCCCUAAUCUUGACAAUUAUCUAUGUGUUGUGGCGACGCUAUCCAGGUGCAACCAGGUUGCUUCAGCAGCGGUCCAUGGUGGGGCGGAAGCGUCGCAAAAAGAGUCCAGAGCCAGAGCAGAACCUGAGCUCCCAGCUCCAAGAGUAUUACAUGAGCUACAACCCUGCUGCCACACCAGAUGCAUUGGAGGUGCUAGGCAAUGGCACUGGUUCCUGCACAUGCACAAUUUCUGGCUCCAGGGAGUGUGAGAAUGAGUACACGUGCCCACGUCCCCUACCUGGUGCCUGGCUUGGAGAUGUGCCUACCAUCCAUUAA